AUGUCGGAUGUAUCAGGUGGAGAACUGCUGUCGCAUAAAAGAAGCGUGGAUUCGGCGGUGAAUGAGAACGAUGACAUGCAAAAUAAGAGACAAAAGACAGAGGAGUUGGGCGGCCAUGAUGACCAAUUUAACGCAAUUUUCAACGACCCACUUCCUGAAUUUGGUGGCAAUGAGAGCAAUUCAACUCCAUAUAACGAUAAUGGCCAAGAGGGUGAAUUAGGGGCUGAAAAUUUCGAUGCUACUUUGCCAAAGGAAGGCGACCCGUUAGACAUAGACUUUGACAAUUUACCAACGAACUUUUUGGAUUCUGAACUGGUGGCAGGCGCAAAUAAUGGAUCACAGGUGGGCACCCCGAAUGGAUCUGGGUCGGUGCCGAAUAUUUCUGCUACUACCAAUUCAGCAAGCAUGUCGGCAUCUCCGAAUAACACGCCAAGGCCUACACCACUUUCCAAGACCAAUAGUAGAUCAGAAACACCGGUAGGUGGCACCUCGAGACCUACAUACGAUGGAACGAAUUUAAAACAAGAAUUUGGUGCUAAUAAUUUAGUGAACAAACAGGACAUUUUGAAUCGUUACUCGCAAAUGCCAUCCACCAAUCGUAUGAACCACCUUACCCCUCAACCCCAAGGAAUACAGGGGUUGAAUACGUCCAAUAUUGAUAGAAUUCCAAGCGCGAGUACUAGUAAUAAAGAGCAAUUGCAUACCAAUGAUCCGUCCAAAUUAAAUGACGCAUUGGCGGCCGCCGGGGUCGAUAUUCAACACGAAGAAGAAUUGUUGAUGCAACAACAUUUAAACAGAACAUCUAGGUUUCCAUCAGCACAACAGGCCCCUAGGCAGAGGUUCGCACAAACGUCAUUAUUCAAUCCAUAUCAUGUGGCAGCAUUCAUGCAAAGAGUAGCCAGAGAAAAUGGCGUUAUGCAAAAUUUUUACCAGGAUGCAGAACUUCUUGAAUUAAUGUCAGCUUCUUGUGAGAAUUGGUUAUCCAAUAUACUCACCAAAACCAUAAUAUUAUCUCGUCAUCGUAGGAGAGGAAUACCAACAAUUACAAACACCAAUAAGAAUAAAAAGUCUGCAUCAAAUUCAGCUUCCACGUCCAAUCCUGCUCUGAGAUCUGAGCUUUCUAAAGAACUCAGAAAUCUUGCUGCCAAACAGAAAGAAAUGGAAGAAAGAAGAGUUUCAAAACGUAUGGCUCUAGGCCUAGAAAAUAAUGGUGCUGAUCCUGCCAACGGAGACGCAGCAAAUGGGAAGGCUGGUGCCGAGGAAACGUUACAUAGAGCUGCCAAUGCUACUGCUGCCAUGAUGACAAUGAACCCUGGCCGUAAGAAGUAUUCUUGGAUGACUGCCAAUGCUGGAUCAGGUGGCGGUGAUGAUGGUAAGGCUGCAACUGAGAAAGAUGGCAAAAACAAACAAAGUUCUAUCAUUGCUGUUAGAGGUGAUAACGGGUUACGUUUCCGUGAAAUAAGGUCCGGUAAUUCCGUUACGAUGAAAGACCUUUUAGGUGCAUUAGAGGACGAAAGAAUGGGAACAGAAAAAGCAGUCUUGAAAGGAUAUGCUAAGUUAAAAGAUUAG